UUUCUUUGCCUUAAGUUUCUUCGGUUACCGAAUCCGUAAUCAAACGCUUCUCUGUCACCCUCUCUUUUCAUCAAUGGCAAAAAUAUCGCCAGCUCAUGUGCUGCUCUUUUACUAUUGAUAUCCGCCGCGACUAUCAUCUCAGUCCCACCCACUGCUUUUUCUGGGUUCUCUCUUCAAUUCCUCACACAGAGUCAGACAGAGACACUCCUGUCCUUCUAUUUGAAACGAUGUCGAUCACGAUCGAACGGUCCGAAUACAUCCGCGGUGGUGGCGCUCCGUAUAUUCCGAUCUACGACUCAACGCCGUUCCCGGCGGAGGACAGAGGUGGUGACAUGGACUCCUGUAGCUCGUCAUCGAUCGGGAGGAACACUGAAUCGUCGUCGAACGGUGGUGAUGAGUCGGAGGGAGAGAGUGAGGUUCAGAGCUCUUAUAAAGGACCGUUGGAUACCAUGGAUGCUUUGGCGGAAGUUUUGCCGAUCAAGAGAGGUAUAUCCAACUUUUAUAGUGGCAAGUCAAAGUCCUUCACGAGCCUAGCAGAUGUCUCAUCUGCUAUUUCUAUUAAAGACCUUGAAAAGGCAGAAAAUCCCUACACCAGGAAACGCAAGAAUUUAUUAGCCCGAAGUAAUUUCUGGGACAAGAAUCACAAUAACCCAUUGAAAAACAAUGGUAGUGGGAUAUCAAAGAGAGUAACUCACUCCAGUCGAAGCACAUUUCCUAUGGGGGUGACUAUGACCGGCUGUGGAAGCAAUGUUAAAAGUGAGGACUCCAACACGUUCUCUACAUCACCAUCAUUCUGUCUUCCACCUCUGCAUCCGCAUGGUAAAAAAUCACCCUGCAGUAGCUCAUCGCCACCAUCUCCACGACGAAAUUCUCCAUGGCGGUCAUUCUCUCUGUCCGAUCUACAGUGUGUAGCUGAAGCCACUCCUAACAUAACUGACUUGGCAAUUUGUGGAGACAAGGACAAUGAAUUACAUUGACAUUUUAGCUUGUGUUUCAUCACAGGUUGGAUCUGGGGUUGGAAGCUUGUUUUCUGUGUUUGUUCUUUGCAGGCAGUUUCUUGGUUUAAUCUCACAGUUUUACCCAUUGUAAUAAUAGCUAUAGGUGUACCAUGAUCUGGUCAUUUUGAGAAUAUGAUUGUAACAGUAUUUUGUUUUCCCACUUUUUUCGGCUUUAGCCUUUAUGUAAUGACCAGAAUGCUUUAUUGUAUCAUAGUGGAACUUAAAUCUUUGCUUCCCCUGUCAAA